UAAGUUCCGUGGAAAAGAUCGAGUAACAUCAACCGCAAGGAGUUUAACCAUUUAUAUCGUUAAUGUAAACAAGAACAACAUGAAUUCUGUCAAAGGAAUAUUAUUAUUGUUAUUUUCCUUCGUAGUCGCAUUCACUCUGGUAGAAUGCAAAAAGGAGCUUAUCCUCUCCGAGCGAGUACAGCAACUUUCUGAUGCUGGCUUAAAGAAGCCUGUAUUAAGAUUCAACAGUGAGAAGUUCCGACAGUAUGUGAAGAGCACUCCUCGCAAUUACUCUGUGAUUGUCAUGUUCACAGCAUUAGCUCCGUCAAGACAAUGUGGAAUCUGCAGACAAGCUCACGAGGAGUUCCAGUUGGUGGCUAACUCUUGGCGUUAUUCUCAAGGUUAUUCCAGCAAGCUGUUCUUUGCUCUUGUUGACUUUGAUGAAGGUCCUGAUGUCUUCCAGCAGUUACGUCUGAACUCUGCUCCUGUGUUCAUGCACUUCCCAGCCAAGGGCAAGCCAAAGAAGGUCGAUACUUUAGAUAUCCAGAGAGUUGGCUUUGCAGCAGAAAAUAUCGCUCGCUGGGUUGCAGAACGGACAGAUAUACAGAUACGAGUUUUCCGUCCACCCAACUACUCUGGACUUCUUGCACUGGUUGUGUUAUUGGCACUUGUUGUUGGGCUGUUGUACCUGCGGAAGAACAACCUCGACUUCCUCUAUAACAAAACUACCUGGGCUCUUGGUGCUCUGGCCUUCACCUUCGCCAUGACUUCGGGCCAGAUGUGGAACCACAUCCGCGGACCUCCCUUCCUCCAGAAAACUCAGGCCGGGAACAUUGCCUACAUCCACGGGUCUUCACAGGGACAGUUCAUUGUUGAAACAUAUAUUGUAGCUGUACUAAAUGCAGCUGUUGUGUUAGGAAUGAUUCUCAUGACUGAGGCAGCAAACAAGCGAGAUGAUGUCCGCAAACGGCGCAUCUAUGCCAUCAUUGGACUUGGUCUCGUAGCCUUUUUCUUCUCUUUGUCACUCUCAAUCUUCCGAUCGAAGGCACAUGGUUACCCAUACAGCUUUCUACUUAAAUAAAAGACAGAGAAAUUAGAAAUUUAAAUACAAGGAAGUCAUAAAGGUUUUCUGAUUAAAGUUCUCAUUGCUUGUAUUCAUGGAUUUCUCUCAUUCUAAUUUGGUGACUUUAGUAAAACUUAGUGUAAGAGUGAUUUCUGUGUUUUGAUGGUGAUUUUCCAAAAAAAUAUAUAAAAUAAAAUAAAGGUACACUUUUAGCAUUACUCAAUUGUGAAUUUCACAUUUUACGUUAUUAGUUAACAUGCUUGAAGAGGAAGAGGGAUUCACAGGAUGUGAUUGACGUCUCAGCAUAAAAAUGUGAGGAGUCCUACAUUUUUCCAAAGGGAAUGGGGGAACUAUACAUUGUACAUUGGUGGUAACCUUUAGUGCAAAAACUCAAUUCAAUUCCCAUGUCAUUGAGGACUUUCCAUAAUCAUUAGAAUUAUUUUGUAUCACUGGUGAAAUGAUGAGCCUUACGAUUUUAUAUAGAUCACAUUUGAUUAUUUCAAGAAAGUAUUUAUUUUCAUAAGUUUAUAAAACUACCAGAUUUUGCCAUAUAGAAGCCAUGAAAUAUACAAGUAAAUUAGAUGUGAGUAAUUAAUGAGCCUUUAUCAAACUCAAGUAUCAAUGACAUUGUUGGUACUUUUACGGUUGUUAUUUGUUCAUAAGUUGAAAAAAUGUUCAUUUAUCUUAUAUAUGUAUAUCUUCUAGGUUCACUCGCACUAAAUUGACAUGUCUCUCAAAUACACUGUUGUCAGUAUCAAUGGCUAAAUAUUAACGAGAAUCUGGUUUGAAAUUGCUCCUACACAUUCCAUAAGUAUUGUGCACAUUGUGAAAGUUAUAUGGUGCAGCACUGAAACCUGAGUUCAUCACCCUCAAGCACAUUUCCAAAUCGUGUAAGGAGAUGUAUCAUUUCUAUUAUUUAUUUUUCCCUGCUCUUAAGUUGACAUUUGUAUUCCAUUCUCACCUGUCCAACUUUGUAAUGUAAGAGGAAUAAAAGUAGAGAUUCAAA